AUGAAUGUCGACAAACUGAGCUCAGAGCUUAGUGCUCUCUUGUUACGGCACUUCCAAGUUGUCUCAAUACAUUCCCAGCGUCAAGAUCAAUGGUACAAGCGGUCAUACCAAUCAUUCACCUCCCAAUACGGCGAUCGCGAACCAUUAAUCCUUGUUCCCCGAGAUUCCAAGGAGGAAUGGGUUCCUCACGUGCGACAAUUUGCGACUUCACUUGGCAAACAGCUAAAGAAAUCCGGGAAUAAACAAAAGUCUACCAACACCAUUCCAGAAUCUAAGCUAUUUUUAGAAAACGUCCUCGAUGAAGCAACUACACGACCACUUUGUCUGGCUAUCACUGACUCGAAACCCUUAUCACCAGACAUGAUGCAAAUGUCUUGGUGGAUCACCAGGGUUCAACAUCCCGAUGAUAAAGCACGUCGCCGAAAAGGCAUCAUUGCACUCAUUGCUUGCGGACAAGGGGACUCGUUAGCCCGUCUAGCAAAAUGGCCCAAAACACACCCAAACCAGAUUAACCAUUUGAGACCCUAUCAAUGGGGGAUGCUCAACAAUGGAUGGCAGGCUACUCCUGACAAGAUUAUUAUUCUCAUGUUGUUGAUUGGUAUCACGGGCACUUUCACAGAAGACUUGGUUGCAAACGACGGCUAUAAAUACUGGGCACCUGUGGCAUUCCUCAGUGGUAGAUCACCAUUGAGGGGUUACAUCGAAGCCUUGGGUGGCAGAAUACCUAGCACCGAGGCUGAAAGGAGAAAGGAGAUGACACAUUGCAUCGAGGCGUUGCGUGCAGCCCAAUCUUGGGCAUCGAGCAAUGACUCUCCUAUCAACUGGGAAGAAACAAUCAUGGACAUGUUCCUAUACAUGUUAGGCUUUGAGUCUUGGAAUCAAGGUCGAGAGGGUGAGGGGUAUCUGGCCUGCGAUUUGAACAAGAGAAAGACUGCAAAAUCAUUUCAAGGGGUGAGCCAUGACGAUGAAGAGGAGGAUUCAUUGACAGAGGAUGACGAAGAAAACCCCAAGAAGCCGGUAGACCCGCUUAAGUUGAGGAAUCCCAAGCAGAAAGUUGUACCGGAGCCUAGUGAGGAGGAACAACAAGAGAUGGACAAGCUCGCCGUGUUGGAAUCGGCGGAAGCAGAGUACGGACGAAAACGAAGUGACAAAUACAAAGGCAAGAGGAAAUAA